CACUUCACCUACUACAUACAACUGGUAAAUUCUCAAUUAUAACUUAUCUAUUAGUCCUCAAAGUAAAGGUUACCACGACCAGAAAUGAAAAGGCUAGCUCCUUUAACGAUCCUAUUUUUCGCGUUGUUUCUGGCGGUGGAGUCAUAUGAGAACGAUGACUUUUAUCCAAAUGAAAGAGAUGCUUUGUUGCAGCUUAGAGAUGGUGUAAAAUCAAGUGUUCUUGAUUUACAUUCACAUUGGACAGGGCCACCUUGUUACAACAACCAGAGUAAAUGGGCUGGAAUUUCUUGUUUUGAUGGUCAUGUAAAUGAACUGGUUUUAGAAGGAAUUCAGUUAACUGGCUCUCUUCCAUCAACGUUCUUGGAGCACAUAACUUACUUGACAAAAAUCAGCUUUAGGAACAAUUUAUUGUAUGGUCCUGUUCCCAACCUCACAGGACUAAUCUACCUGGAAUUUGUGUUUCUUUCAGAUAAUCGAUUUUCGGGUUCAAUUCCUUUUGGUUACAUUGAGUUAAAGAAACUAACAGAUUUGGAGCUCCAGGGGAAUGAUCUUGAAGGUUCAAUUCCACCAUUUGAUCAACAGACUUUGAUUGCUUUCAAUGUGUCUUCGAAUAAACUCGAAGGACCUAUCCCUGAAACUCCUGUCCUGAAGAGAUUUUCCAAGAGUUGUUUUGGGAAUAAUGCGAAUUUGUGUGGUGAAGUUCUAGGAAUACCUUGUUCAAUAGCACCUGCAAGUCCACCCAAAGCACCAAGUGAAAAGAAAAGGAAUGGCCUUAAAGUAUGGAGUAUUGCUUUAAUAGCAGCAGUAGCAGCAGUACUUGUCCUUCUUUCAAUCAUGUUCAUUUUGUUCUGUUACUUCAGAAGAUCUAAAAGAAAGGAAACACAAGAAGAAGACAAGCAAGGAAGUAUUUCAAUAGAGAAUGUGAAAAAGAGAAGUUAUUGGUCAGAGAGUACGGAAGAUCCAGAAAAAGCAUUGGACUUAAUAUUCUUUGAAAAGGAUAUGUCAGUCUUUGACAUGGAUGACUUGUUAAGGGCAUCAGCUGAAGUUUUGGGAAAAGGAAAGCUAAGCACAACAUAUAAAGCAAUCCUGGAAUCUGGUUCUGUUGUUGCUGUAAAGAGACUCAAAGAAAUGAAUUCUUUAAGCAAGAAGGAAUUCAUCCAACAGAUGCAGUUGCUUGGGAAAUUGAGACAUGAAAACCUUGUGGAGAUGAUGUCCUUCUACUAUUCCAAGGAGGAGAAGCUCAUUGUUUACGAAUAUGUUCCCCAGGGAGACUUGUUUGAGCUCUUACAUGAAAACAGAGGAAUUGGGAGACAACCACUAAACUGGAAAGCAAGAAUAUCCAUCAUAAAGGAUGUAGCAAAGGGUCUAAAUUUCUUGCACCAGUGCUUACCAUCACAUAAGGUUCCACAUGGGAACAUCAGAUCAAAAAAUGUUCUAAUCCAUCAAGACCCUCAAAACAAGAACUACCAUUCCAAGCUGACAGAUUAUGGAUUCUUUCCUUUGCUACCAACUAAAGAAUCCUCAAGAAAACUAGCAGUAGGAAAAUCUCCAGAAUUCUGUCAAGGGAAAAAGCUAACAAGAAAAGCUGACAUCUAUUGCUUUGGUAUUCUUCUGUUGGAAGUGAUCACUGGAAAAGUACCAGGUGAAUUGUUUUCACCAGAAAAUGGGGUUACUAGUUAUGUUGAUGAUGAUUUGUCAGAGUGGGUAAGGACAGUGGUGAAUAAUGAUUGGUCAACCGACAUUUUGGAUAUGGAAAUACUUGCACAAAAAGAAGGGUAUGAUGAAAUGUUGAAACUUACUGAAUUGGCUUUGCAGUGUACAGAUGAGGUUCCAGAAAAAAGGCCUAAGAUGAGUGAAGUCUUGAGAAGAAUUGAAGAGAUUGAGGUUGAACAAAAUAAUUUAGUUACUGAUGUGGAAGUUGUAUCAGUCUCUUAGUUGAAGACUUGAACUUUCCCUCCUAAGCUGUAAUCACGCAACAACAUAUAGGGGGCUAGUGAGUCUGGAUAAUCAACAUAUCCAGUAUAAUCUCACUGGGCUGUCUGGAGAAUGUACGCAUAUUUCAAACCCGAUGGAGAGAGAAUGUACGCAUAUCUUAAACCCGAUGGAGUAUGAAAAGGGUAAAGUAUACACAUAUCCUACCCUUACUAUAAUAUAAUCCCAACAGGUGGGAUCCGGAGAAUAUAGAAUGUGCACACACCUUACCUUAUAAGGGUAGAGAGGCUUUUUCCUAACAUGUAAUCAAGAAAGAUAGAAAUUUAGGAAGAGGCUUUUAGCUCAAGAGCAUAGUAAACUUAGUUUUAUGAUAUCAUUCUCAUUCUGCAA